UGAGCAAAGUCCACUUUCCUCCCCAGCUUGCCUUCUUCAUUUCAUCAUUUCCCUCUUUCCUCUCUGAUAAUAUUAAAACUUUCUCUCUCUGAAAACCUCAAACUUUGUAAGAGAGAGAGAAACAAACCGAAUGUGUCCCCUUAGGAUCAUUCUCAUCUUCCUCUCUGCAACUCUCGCCGGAUUCUUCGUUCUCCGGAACCUCAAAUCCCAGCCUAAUGUUGAUCCCGACGACGACGAUGCCGGCGCCGGCGCCGACGACAGUCACGACGAUUUAUCCAGAGACUCAAAUUCGCUUCCUCUCUCCUCCCAGGUGUGCAGCGCCAUUGGGAAAGGAUUUUGGACUUGCGUAGAUAUGGCUAGUGGGAAGUAUCUGUGGAGGCAUUUGGUUUCUUCUUCUCCUUUGCCUUCUAACUUGAAGCGCAAUCACAGUGAUUGAUCUAAUAAGGGGUAAACUUAUUGUUUUUCAGGUUGUUUGGUUCAUCAAUAUUGUAAUUGCCCUUGUAUUCAAUACCUUCCUUUUAUAUGACAAAUCUAGAGUAUAGUUUGCUUUGUGGUAUUGAUGGUGUAAUCUGUAAAAUGGUACUGUAAUCUGUAUAGCAUAAACUUCCUCUUCUGUUUUUUUACCAAAUUAUAGGAGUAAUAUGCUUCUGCGUUGUUGUAAUCCAGGGUUUUACGAAUACGAAUGGGGACUUUUACGAGUCGAUGAAAAUUUUAAUGUUUAUGGCACCAUUUAAUUUGCUGAA